CUUCAACUUGACCUUUAGCCUUAGGCUAACCCGCGCUUAGUAAGUACUACUACAGCUCAAUAAUUGACUUACCUAGAAGAGUAGUACCAUCUAGAUGGGUCAGCUCUUUGGAACUUUGCAAGAGUCCAAGCCUUAUGCGCAGUCUCUUCCCUUGGAGCUUUGGCAGCAUUGCUGGAGUUUCCUGGCGGUCGAAGAUCUUCUUGCUGUGUCAUCCACUUGUCUGUUAUUUCGCUGUAUUUGCAAAGACAUAUUAUUUAGGCACAUCACAACUACUAUCCCAUACAAGCGCACUGUCCGGCACAUAUUCCAACCUCGACAUGACGACGUUGCAAGAAUCGGACGAGCACGUCGUCUUAUUCUUCGUCUUCACGCACUUCAAAAUGACAGUGACGCUCGAGAAGUACUCAGGCUAGUGGACACAUGGAGCAUCAAGUCUUUUGGCUCGCCUGCCCCGUUAGAAGAAGAUGAGAUCAUGCAAUACCGUGACGAGAAAGACCACUUCCCCUUCGUACAGCCAUACAGAUCAAUUUUCCUGAUUCUGCCGUCAUGCACAAACCUUCGCCUGCUCAGUGUUUCCGAUAUUCACAUGGGGCACGAGCGUUGGUUUGCGUUGGAAAAAAUGCCGCGGCUGGAAUGUCUUACGAUGGAACGAUGCGUCAUGUCAUCCGACGGUAGCAAGGCUAUGAAGCUCAAAGUCGUAUCAAUUACACACGAGGCGCGUCGUGACCCACCAGACGUACCACCUCCAACUACACAGCUUAUUUCCUCUCUCUUCAACCCUCGACACUUAGAAAGGCUCACCUUACUCGACCUCACCUUCUCAGAUUCUUUUCUCCAAGGACUCGUUGGGGUUGGGCGGUUUGAAAAUCUGAAGCACCUUUCUGUGGUGGUUCCGAAUGCCCACAUGGACACGCUGUUUGCCUUCUUAAGCGGAACGCCUUCACUCUCAUCGCUCACAAUUUCGAACUUCUCAGCCAUAGCCACGCCUAACCAGCCCUUUCUACAAUCUAAUGUCCCCAACCUGAUCGCCUAUGACGGCUUUCCAACUCUCGUCCCGAUCUUCCUUCCUGGGCGGCCCGUCAGCACUGUUCGUUUGAGGAUGAAUCAUAGGACAGAUCCUGAAGCCACUCUCGGCGAUCCGUUUGGUGUCUACGACAAUAACGUUAUCUGCAAAGCCUUGAAUGAUUGUUCUGCGUCCAAGCGCGCGAUACAUGAUCUCAUGAUCUCUCCCUUUCAUCCUACCCCAGACAGUAUGCAGGAUAUCGUGCGUAUCCACCCCGAUCUUCGUCACCUGCGGCUUGAAAUCCUCCGCACUCCAAAUCUCAAUAUGGGUGUUGAUGUAGAAGAACCCAUGUCGAUCAUCAUGGAUAUGCUUUCUGACGGCAUGGAUAUGCGGGAUGGUAAUGGCCUGCAUCCACUGUUUUUAAUUUCCGGUGUCUUGUCUUCGAUAGCUGACGGUCAUCUCACACUUCCGGUGAAGCUCGAGACACUGCAGCUUCAUUACUACCAGAAAGCGGAGACAGUUUGCGAUAACGAGGCGAAGCAACGGCUUAUCAUUCUAAAGAUCUCCGCAGCUUAUCCUGCACUGUAUGAAAUUCACUUGGGCACAACGCGGUGGUGGAGACAGGGCGAACGCUGGUCCCGUGAGGUGCUGACACGCAGCCACCUGUGAGAUGUAGGGUUGCGAUAUUUCUUUUUGAAUCUUGAUCCACAUCGCUUUGUUACUUAUCGAUCGGGUUUUGUAUGCGUGGGCUUGGGGUAUCGACACAAUUCGUUCUUUGUCUUUCUUGUUAUGUAUCCGAAUCAGAAGAGUUCGCAGAAUGUUCCCCGCGCCUUCACAGCGUGGGAACUUUCUAAUUG